AUGGCUACAGCAGCCACCGCACCCUUAGCCAGCGACUACUCGCAUCAAAUCCUCCCUGAGAGUCUAGGGGUGCCUAUAAGAGACGCGAAAGCGUUUGCGGAGCACGCAGCUGAGAUCUUCUCGAUGUUUAGCGAGUUUCGAAUGAACCCCAAGGCCAUCUUUGAAGAUAAGGGACAGAAUGUGGUGGUGGUGCAGGCGCUGAUGGAAGGAAAACUCAAGGACAGCGAUGAAGAGUGGCUGAAUGAAUGUGUCAUGAUCAUUUGUCUGUCCGAAGACGGAUCACAGGUGGUCAAGGUCACCGAAUUUGUCGAUAGUGCGAAAGCUGUUGAGUUGCGGAACAAGCACACUUCCAAGUUCGCGAAGUAG